ACACAUAAGAACACAUAUGUGGACAUAUGAAUGUGUUUAUUAAGUAUGUGAAACGUUAUAUGUGGACACAUAUGUGCACACAUGGAUAUGAUCGUUAAACAUGUGAAACAUUAUAUGUGGACACAUAUGUGGACAUAUGAACGUGAUCAUUAAGCAUGUGAAACGUUAUGCUAGUCACAUGUGGAUACAUGUGUGCACACAUGGCUAUAGAUGUGUUCCUCAUCACGGCGAACAAACAGAUUUAAAAUCUAAUCUUCAAGUAGAUUAAUAACCCAAAUUAGAAAAAAGUUCCACGACACGUAUCGAUUGCGAAACUAUUCACAAUCUCUUAUCAAGCACAUUUCAUGUUUCCUCAAGUGACCCAUAAAGCUGUAAAGCGUCGAAUGUAUCCGACAGUAUGAAAUAUUCCUCGAACCGAUGUUCAUAGACAUAUCACCAUCGAACUAUCCUCUCAACGUCCAAAAAUCGCGAGUUCUAUAAACUCGUACAGCGUGAAAAGAACUCAUAAAAGUACUAAAAGUUUCUAAAAAAAACGGAACCAUGAAGCUAUUGAUUUUAUUUUGGACAAUAGUGUCGUUUUGCGAAGGGUACAGGAUUCUGGGACUGUUCCCGUAUCACGGUCGAAGUCAUUUCGUAAUGUUCGAGCAACUGAUGAAAUCUUUGGCCAGAAAGGGUCACCAGGUAGAAGUGAUCAGUACGUUUCCCUUGAAGACACCGUAUCCCAAUUACACGGACGUAGUUGCGUUCGAGGUGACACAGCAUAUAGUGAAUAAUGUGACUUUUGAGCAAUUAGAGUCGUUCACCGGUCUAAAUGCUGGUUACACUACCGCUUGGGAAGUGGGAAAUCCUAUUUGCGAUCGUUUAAACACCGAAGGAGUUCAGAGGUUGUUGAAGAAUGCGCCUCAUGCGAAUCCACCUUAUGACCUGGCGAUUGUUGAGGUAGGGUUGCUUCUUUCUUGCGAUUAUUGUGGCUUAUGGUAGAAGGGCGGUUUUGAUGAGAAGGUAUGGGAGAUGUGGAGAUUGUCGAGAUUAAAAGGUUGGGAAAUUGGGGAAUUGAGAAAUGGAGAAUUA